CUCCCUGCUCCAGUUGCAUGCCGGGUAGUGGAUGAUGGCUGAGGGCUGUGUGGAGGAAUGAAGUGGCUGACCGCUGCCUGUCUCCCGGCUGAAGCGCGCUCUGUGCGGCCUCAGGUCUUUGAGCAGAGCGGAGCUAUGAGGAGGACCGUACUGUUGCCUCCAGGCGUCCUGGUUGUCGGACUAUGCUGUGUUUGUCCACUGGGUGGCGCCUCCUGAGCCAAGCUCACCGCCUCCCUCCCUCCCGGCCCCGUCAGUCCGUCACCAUGUACACCACCCGCCUCUACAGCACCUCUGGGGGAGGAGGAGGGGGAGGAGGUGGGGUCAAACAUGGGAGAAGGGCGGGGCUGGCCGUGAUGGAGGCACCCCACCCUCCUCACCACCACCUCCCUCACCACCCGACUCCACCUCCCCCUGCCUACCACCUGUACCAGGGCCGCCCCGACGCCCACAGAGGAGCCCACUUCUACCACCCGCAACCUGCCCACUUGGCCCCACCCCAAUUCUCCCCCCACUACCAGCACCACUCCCACUUCCAAACUUAUGGAGGGGGGGCUCCAGGGGGCGGGGCCGCUGCCCCUGGCAGCAAGAAGAAGACGUGGAACUUCAUCCAUGAGAAGAUGAGCUACGACACGUUCUUCACCAUGAAGCGCCUGAUUGAGCGUUCGCGGCGGCCUGACGAGGUUCUGCGCUGGGUCACCCAGAACCCGGCCAAGAUCUCCCACAACCACUACCCCGUCGCCCUGCAGAAGAUCGGACAGCUGCUGCAGGCCACGCCAUCACCACGAACCAGAGGGGACGCCACAGAAGCCCCGGCAGGUGGAGGAGCAGAGGGGGGAGACGAACGCCAGAUCCUUGAGCAUCAGGACUUUCAGACGCUCUGUAACGCCAUCGUCAACGACUGCGCCAAGUUUGACAACUUCAGCAUUGUCAACUGUUUGUAUGCUGUGGCAGCACUUGGUCUAUCCAGUGACGCUCAGGUGGUCCACGUGUUGGAGGCGGAGUCUCAGGCCAGACUGAGCCAGUUUAACCAGAAGGACGUUUCCAUGGUGUUCAGCUCCAGUAUGAAGCUCCAUCCAGGAAGUCAACACCCGCUGACCGAGGCCUGCUUAGCCGGCCUGGAGAAGAACCUGGAGAGAGAGCGCCACCCGCAGACGCUCUUCUUGUUGCUCUCGUAUUACAGACUCAAGUGGCGCUCGCUGCAGCAGCAGGAGCCCUCUGCCACUGCAGGGGGCGCUGCAACCACCACUGCUAAAACCAACAACACGCCCCCAAACCCUGAACUACUGCUUACCAACAGGAAGAUCUUACGUCUUGUUAAACACACUUUGGCGAGUGUCAGCGGCGUUCGUGACCAGGAGAUGGCGCUGUUGGAUGAGAUGCUGGCGGCGUGUGCUCGAGAGGCGAGCAACAAGAGUCUGGAGUUGAUCUUCAGUUCCCACCUGUUCUACCAGAACCGACAGGAGAAGUUCAUCAGCAGCCUGGCAGAGGAGCUCCCCAAGAAGGUUGACAGCAUCACGCCGUACACCAUGGCUCUGAUUGCCAAAUACAUCGCUCGCCAUCGCCUGAGAGAGACCCGACUGCUUGACACCAUCGCAGACUUCUUGGUGAAGAAGGCGGAGUACCUGGACAGUAAGGUGAUCCAGAAGCUAGUGUUCCCGUUCAGCAGGAUGAGCUACCGUCCGUCCAAUGAGCAGCAGUUUUUCUCUGGCUUGGAGGAGGUGUUGGAGCUGAAGGCUCUCAGCUCGCCGCUCGCCACCGUCAACAUCCUCAUGUCUCUGUUCCAGCUGGGUCAUUUCCCCAGCCUGGUGCUGCACCGCGUCUUCUCCUCUGCCUUCAUCAGCAACGUCACCAACAGUCCCUAUGCCCUGAUAGUCCGGAGGUACCUGUCUCUGCUGGACGCCGCCAUCGAGCUGGAGUACCGCGACUACACCGGACCACGACUGCAGGAGGCCCACAAAGUCCUGAUGUUUGACCACGCACUGACUGCUGACGAGGUCAACCGCAAGUACAGUUACAAAGGUCUGGUUGCUGAAGCUUUACGUCAGCUGGUUGGAGAACCAAACUACAAACAAGAUGAAGUGCUCCCCCCAGGGUACUACACAGACUUCGUGCUGUGGAUGGACGGUUCUGGUCGGGUUCUACCCGUCGGUUCUGGUCGGGUCCUAGCUGAUGGUUCUGGUCGGGUCCUAGCUGAUGGUUCUGGUCGGGUCCUAGCUGAUGGUUCUGGUCGGGUCCUAGCUGAUGGUUCUGGUCGGGUUCUAGCUGAUGGUUCUGGUCGGGUUCUACCCGUCACACCCGGAGCGGCGCUGCUUCCUGCUUCCUGCGUCGCCAUGGCGUCUAAACCGGCUGACGGCUCAGUUGCCGUGGUGACUUCAGAGUUCCAGAGGUUCUCUCCGUUUGCGGUUCUAGAGGAAGGUGGCGAGUGUCACGUGGGCGAGGCCUUGGAACCCAUCUCCUUCGUGCCCCCCCACAUCCGCAGCACACCGAGGGCCACGCUGCCCUCAGGAGCCCCUCGGCCCACCAACGGGGGCCCCUUGGACUACGGCCCCUACUUUGUCCCGGCAGUGGAGUUCUACUCCAGUCUGGCUAAGGAGCACUCGCUGGAGAGCCAGGACAGCUCCACGCUCAGCAGCCCCCCCUCGGAAGGACAGGGCCCCCCUGUGGAGGCCCCGGCCCCUGACUCUCUCUUCCAGUUCUCCAUCGGGAAGAUCCUGGAGGACGAGGGGGGGCCGGGGGCCCCUGAGAGCCAGGGCACAGACUGUGCGUUGCCAGGGUUCUACAAGGGCGUGACUUAUUCUGAGGUGUCGGGGGCCGACAGGGGGCCCUCAACCCCCCCACAGCUCCACCCCCCUGAUCAACCAGAGCCUGAUACCCCCCCGACCGACCAGAGACCAAUCAGGAGGGUCAUCAUGUCCGUCAAUGACAAGUGGCAUUAUUGUCACAACUCUGAGGUGCUGGUUGGUUCCCGGGCGAUGAGAGACCGCCACCUGAGGCUGCUGGGAUACGUCAUCGUCCAGCUUCCGUAUCAUGAGCUGGAGAAGCUGAACGGCAUCGAGGAGGUGAAGACGUACCUGCAUCAGAAGCUGCUGGACGUCCCACUAUGACGUGUGUGUGUGUGUGUGUGUGUGUGUGUGUGUGUGUGUGUGUGUGUGUGUGUGUGUGUGUGUGUGUGUGUGUGUGUGUGUGUGUGUGUGUGUGUGUGUGUGUGUGUGUGUGUGUGUGUGUGUGUGUGUGUGUGUGUGUGUGUGUGUGUGUGUGUGUGUGUUGGUUAUUAGUUAUUGAUAAAUCUUUAUUGAUCACCGAGUCUAUGAUUUAUCAAUAAAAUAAAUUGAUAAUUUACAGCUACACUGAGCAGCGUUGAAAGGAGCACGCCACUUUUUACAGAACACGUUCCAAAUCCAUUACAACAGCCAAUCGGAACGUCUCAUUUAAUUAUACAUUGGAUCUGAAUGUGAUUCACAGACGUUCUGUAUCGAAUGUAAACGGAGGAUUUGACAGAAACCAGAACGAGUCAAACUGUCCAUGUCGAGUUCAGGAAGUUUAACUCAGUUUUUCUUGACGUCCCUAAAUGCACCGCAGCGGCCAUGUUGAAUUUAGAAGGUCGACAGAAGAUCGUUGAAGUGCUCCUUAAACGUCUCAGUGGAUCAGCUGAGUUCACGCUGCGCUCUGAUUGGACGCUGUGUGAAUGAACAAAUGUUAUUUUUUCCGGGUGGGGGGUGUGGUACCCGUGGUGAGGAUGAUGGAGCUGGGAGUGGAUGCUUUUAUUCUGUGAAGAGGGGUGAGUGUGCGUUUUAGUGUCGGGGUCAAAGCUCAGAUUAUUUAUUUGUGUUUGAGGAAAAGAAGCUUGUUUAUAUUCUAUAAAUCUCUGAAAUCAAAGUCUAUAAAACCUGAAACUAACCACGAGUCUGUUUUAUUGACGUUCAUCACAACAGUUCGUUGUCAGCAUGGUCUUCAUGUGGUUGUUUGCUCAAAAUGAAAUUAAACAUCCAAAAUCAGAAAAAGUG